CCCUCAAAGAAUUAAAAUCACUAUGAAGUUGGAUUAAAAGUGUUGAGAUUUUUCACACUUCCUUUAUCAGUGGUACAAAGGCAAGAAGCACAAACAUUACAUAACAUAUGUUAUACAUGCUAUUGUGUUCUUCCGUUAUUAAGAUAUUAUACUCCUGGUUGGUGCAGGCACACACAGGGUGAUUUGCUCAGAUUAACUACUAGGCUACCUAGGUCUCACAAUGCACCUUUGUUGCUGAAACAGAUUAACACGUCAAGUGACCGGAGAUGUGGGCGUCUGUUUCCCCCGUUCUCCUCGCCUCUCCUGCCUCCCUCGCCAUUACACUCAAUGUGAGGGCUGUCAACACAUUUCCCAUCCAACACAGUGAGUACAACCAACCUUUCUUACCCAUCAUCUACUCUACAUUCAGCACAGUGUGGUUUUUCCAUGACUGACAGAUACGCCUGAAAUAACUAAACAAGAAUAAUGUUGUGAAGUCACACUGAUCUAACUAUAAUUUGCGUUUUCUUUCUUUCCCCCUCUCUCUUUUCCUUGCACGCUUUCUCUUGCUCUUGCACCUUUUCUCCCCCCCUCUCCCUUCCAACUUUAAUACUAACAGUGCUUUCCAUCCUGCCAAUUACUCUUACAUUUUGGUCCGUUAAGCCUUAUGGUGACCGCCUUGCUUUUGUGGGUGUACGUUUCUGUGUGUGAAUCUCUCCCUGUUUGCCAAUUCAACAUGUGAACCCUUCAACAGUGAGUGUGUCAGUGUGGAUGCUGUGGAGUUUGUGCUAGCCUGUUAGCAUUUUGUUGUGUGACCAGUACAAGUGAGAGACCUUCAGGGCACCCCCCUCCUCCUCCAACACUAACACCAGCACUCGUGGCGCUCUGUGAGGUUGGUCUUCCUUGCCACUAGGGGGCAGCAAUGACAGUGACCUACUCACGCAGGGUGGCCGAUGCUCGUCUGGGUACCUUCUCCCACCUGCUUCUGCGCUGGAGGGGCAGCAUCUACAAGCUGCUCUACAAAGAACUCAUCAUCUUCAUCAUCUUCUACUCCGGCCUGAGCGUCAUGUACAGGGUCCUCUUGAACGAAGAGCAAAGAAGGCUCUUUGAGAAACUGGCCAUCAACUGUGACAAGUAUGCCAGUCUCAUCCCUUUGUCCUUCGUACUGGGUUUCUAUGUGGCACUGGUGGUGUCUCGCUGGUGGGGGCAGUUUGAGAGUGUUCCCUGGCCAGACCGUCUCGGAGCAUUGGUGGGCGGUCAUGUGAGGGGCGCUGACGAAUCAGGUCGCCUCAUUCGCCGAACCCUGAUGCGCUACGCCAACCUAUCAGGCGUGCUCAUCUACCGAUCUGUCAGCACAGCCGUCUAUAAAAGAUUCCCCACCAUGGAGCACGUGGUCCAGGCAGGUCUGAUGACUGCAGAGGAGCUGAGGCAGCUUGAGGAGCUGCCAUCUCCACACAACAAGUUCUGGGUUCCCUGCACCUGGUUCGUCAACCUGGCAAUGCGGGCCAGAACUGAGGGGCGCAUAAACAACGACGUGGCCCUCUCCGCCCUCCUCAGUGAACUGAACACCCUACGCUCCCAGUGUACGAAGCUCUUCAGCUACGAUUGGAUCAGCCUUCCUCUAGUUUACACUCAGGUGGUCACCGUGGCCGUGUAUAGCUUCUUCCUGGCCUGUUUGAUUGGUCGGCAAUUUUUGGACCCUAGUCAGGACUACCCAGGCCAUGAUCUGGAUUUCUACGUGCCUGUCUUCACCUUGCUACAGUUCUUUUUCUAUGUCGGAUGGCUUAAGGUGGCAGAACAGCUGAUAAAUCCCUUUGGAGAGGAUGAUGAUGAUUUUGAGACCAACUGGCUGGUAGAUCGAAAUUUACAGGUGUCCCUGCUGGUAGUGGAUGAGAUGUAUGACGGCGUGCCUCAGGUAGAGAGGGAUAAGUACUGGGACGAGUCGGAGCCCCAGCCCCCCUACACGGCAGCCAGCGCUGAACACAAGAAGCCCUCAUUCAUGGGCUCGGCUCUCGACAUCAGCGUGCCAAAGGAGGAGAUGGAGUUCCAGUCCAACCUGGAGCAGAUUAAGGAGCACGAGGAGGCCAACCACUCCACCCCUCUGUUGGGGAACCUGAGUCGUCUGCUGCUGGGGAUUCAGUCGCCCAGCUUCCCCCGACCCACGCCCACCUCCCGGGUGUCCCUGCUUCGCAGACGCCCCCGUGCCCCUCUCAGCCGCUUCCCCCUCCACCUGCAUCAGGAGGGGCCCUCUAAUGGGCACGGUCGCCACGACGGCCACCGUCACGAGCGCGACAUGGACUACGCCUUCUCUUCCAUCCCCAUGUCCGAGCGACCCGGCUUCUACAGCUGCCCGCAGACGCCCAUCCACUCCAUGCCCCCGCCUGUGCCACGCCCGAGACCCACCCGCCGGGCACAGGCCGAUUGGGCAUACAGCUCCUCCUCACUUGCCCACCACUCUGUGGGCUCCCAGCUCCUGCAGCCUGACACCCCCGGGCACCUGCCCCCGCCGCCGUCCUCCGCGUUCCCAUGGCUUGGGGCCGACGGGGACACCUCCUCUGGACCGGCCUUCUCUUUCCCAGACCCUGUCCCCGAGCUCUGCCCCCUCCCGAAGCCCAGGCUCGGGCAGGGUCUUCACUCCCGACACCCUCUGCCCCCUCGGCUCUCCCUGGACACCCCUCCAGCUGCAGACGGUCAGCUAGGACCCCCCAGCGCCAGAGCUGGGGGAGGAGCUGGAGCUGGGGAGCGAAUCUUCUCCUUCACCCCUCCCUCCAGGCCACUCAUUCACACCACCAACAGUUCAAACAGCAUCAACGGCGGUGGCGGUGCCGUUGCCACCGGCUCUCCGGCGAACCUGUGCAACGGCGGCGUGGCUCAUGCAAACUUCACCGGCAGCGGCAGCGGCAGCAGCAGCAGCCCCCAGCGACCAAUCAGCAACAGCAACGGAGCACUCAGCAGUAGCAGCAACCUCAACCCCAUCGGUGCCACGCCUACCAGCAGCCAGCAAGCGGCCAAUCAGCAACACUCCCCCAACGACUCCGGGAUCUUAUUGACUGAGGAUCUUCUGAGGGGUCUGGUGGUGCCGGGCGGGGCAGGGACAGGAUGAGCCAAUUGAGCGAGGGAACAGGAGUAAAAACGGAAGUGUCACAGAGACUAAGGGACCUCUGACUUCCUGGAAACUGAACACUAUUCCACUCUGUGAUGCUUCUCUGACCAGUCCAAUAUGGGAACACUGAACAGAAUCACCAAUUCAACAUAAACGAACCAUCAGAGUAUUAUAAACCACCAGUCCCACUUUACUUUAAGUAGCCUUAGAUACAAUUUAUGUCAGUAGUGUGUAAAUCAAGUUUUUUUUUAAUAUAUACAAUGUAUAUAUAAUGUAUAUAGACUUUUUCCUUUUUACAAACACUGACUGUAAAUAUGUCUUAAAACAUGAACUAUAUGUAGGAAUAUAAAACACUAUGCUAAAAACAUAAUAAAAGAAUGUACAGAACCUACAAGAAGUAUAGUUGUGCUAUGGUAGUACUUAAGGCUUCCUAAAAUAAAAGUGGACCUAUCAACCCACUCCACGGUCUGAUGGAAACAGCAGAGGAUAUAGCACAGAAUAACUGGGUUACUGUCAUUUUUCAGACGUGAUACUUUUCAGGAAGACCUCAAGAGCCUGUUCAGUUCCAGUGCUCCAGUCAAUGGGCAUGGCCACAGACCAACAUGACCUCUCCUCUAAAACGUUUGGAUGUUUUCUCUGGCCUAUGUGUGUUUGUGUGUGUCUUAUGUGGAGCUGUUGUUGUAACUAUUCAUCUAAUACAGUAUGUUUUGCUCCAGUUGCCAUUCUGUGUACCACAAAGGGUGUUAUUCAAGCCGGGCUGAUCCUGUACUUCUGAUCCCCAAAACAUCCUGUUGCGGCUCUGGCCGAUGCCAAUACCACUGUAAUAAGAUGCAACAUGGGAUUUUCUGAGGAAUUAAAAUAUUUUGUACCAGGUA